AUGAAAAACAGAAGUGACUGGGUCUGGAUGUUUAGGUACGAAUUUGAUCUUGCCGCACUUCAAAAAUUGACCAAUCCAAACGAUGCUUUUCAAACACGUGAACGAUACGGAAUCAUUGUUAAACACACCGUGAAAAGGAAAAACGCAGAAGUCGUCCCAUCGUAUUUAAAGACCGAAAAAAUGACACUGGACAAAAUAGAAGUGAAAAAUGGACAAAAAGUGCUGUUUUUGUGGUCAGGAAACCAGCCAUCUGAAAGCUUCAAAAAUGUUGUUGAAUCCCUUAACAAGCUUGUGGGGGAUACAGGCAAAAUACAACCAGAACAUAUAGAAAGACUGGCAAUGUCAUCUCAUCCUGAUUCUGUAUUUGAUGUUGUUGUGUCGGGACUAUUACAGCCCUCUAGUGCUCUACAUGAUAGUGACUGUCUGGGUGAGAUCUGUCGUAUCCUCAAACCAAAAGGCACAUUUUUCAUCUUUGAACCAACUUUGGCUGCUGAAAUAACAGAUUCAAAAGUUAGAACCUCAGGGAAGCUGUCCUCUGCCUUAAAACUGUCCGGCUUUGUAGAUAUAUCAGAGCCAGUAACUUUAGAGCUGACAAAUGAAGACAGACAGAGUGUGGAGUCUAACCUACAGUCAUCAGACGUUUCUAUCACUCACUGUGUGUGCUUCAAACCUGGGUAUGAAGUGGGUUCAUCAUCACAACUUAAAAUUUCAUUUGGAAAAAAGAAAGUUGAACAUAAAGUUGAUGAAAAUGUAGAGAAAGUAUGGAAACUGUCGAGUAUGGACAUGAUGGAUGGAGAUGUUGAAAUGGUCGAUGACGACGACCUUUUAGAUGAGGAGGAUUUAAAAAAGCCCGAUCCAGCUUCUCUGAAAGCUGACUGUGGGGGACGAGCUAAAAAAAAGGCAUGUAAGAACUGUUCCUGUGGUUUAGCAGAGGAGUUGGAGGGCUUGGCACCCAAACCAAAAACAGCCACAUCUGCCUGUGGAAGUUGUUACCUUGGAGAUGCUUUCCGCUGUGCCAGCUGUCCGUAUCUAGGAAUGCCAGCAUUUAAACCUGGAGAGAAAGUGAUGUUGAGUGAACGACAACUAAAGGCAGAUGCCUGAUCCUAGUGUUACAUUCUAUGAGUAUGUUAUAAUGGUAUCCUUGGAUUGUGUAGUGAUGAUGAUGUUGAUUGUACUGUCAAUUCAAGUCUUCUGUAUUGGUAACAACAAAAUUGUGAUGUAAAAAUUAUCUACAGCUAAAUCUCUGUUGCAUAGUGAUAAGAGAAACAAAACCAAUUCAGUACUGUAAGUAGCAUCCUAUGAGUGACCUUAAUUCUCUAUCUUACAACAAUAGGUUUUGUUUGUAUUUUGUAAGAUAUGCCUUUGGGUAACAAACAAUUCUGUACCUACGGUUAAUCAUGUAUUUACUCGGAGAUACUUGGAUGAUUUUCAUUUAGAGGAAAUGAUUGAGAUGUUUGCUGUUGCUAUGAUUUUGUAUUAAUUUGAGGAUAAAAUUUCAUAGUAAGUUAAUUAGAAAUAUAUUUUAUAUUUUAUAGUGUUGGUUAAUACAAAUGAUACAGAUACCUAGAUAGAGUGGUUCUUCUAUACCAGUCAUACAUAGGGUGUGAACAUUAAGUGCUGGAGGAAGGGCUAGGUUUGCUGAAGUGAAUGAAAUUUAUUUACAUGUUUGUGGAAGGUGCUGUGGUGGUAGAAUGGUUAAGUAUUAGACCGUUUGUAUCACUAGUCCUCCACCUCUUGGCCGCAGGACUGUGGAUUUUUCUCGGGAGAACUUCGGCCUUCUUCCACCACCCAAACCUUGGAACGUUCUUAAAUGACCUUGGCUGUUAAUAGGAUGUGAAGCAACAGCAUUAUAAACAAGACUAAGGGGUUUUCACUUGACAGAUGCUUUAUCACAUAAUUUAAGCACUUUUGCUGUGAACAUAGAAUUUUACGAGACUGAUACAAAAUCUAAAUUGAUUAUAAUUCUCACUUUCCAUUGAUUUCUUUGAUGACAUCUCAAUGUAUACAAGAAGAUCAUCACAAUGGAAACAUUGGGAAUCUUUAGUCAAUCACAAUCAUAUUACAUACAUGUAAUUACAAUAAAGAUAUGUAAUGGGUGGUGUUGUUGCACUUAUAACAGCGUGGAUGUUUGAUGAUUAUGUCUCUCGACAGAUUUCGUAGAUUGACAUUGGUAGAUGUUAUUUAAAUGGUAAGGUCUGUUUGAUAAAUGUAAUUCAGGACGUAGAAAUCAUAUUCCUACAUUCUUCUCCUCUAUCAAUAAAAUAGUACACAACUUCCACUUCUUGUCAAAUCUUUAGAGUUAAAUGUCCAUACUAAUGAAAUUUCUUUGUACAGUGAUCAGGGUAAUAACAGCCAUACAUAUAGAUGAAGAUGUAGAUGAUCAAUGUUGCAGUUAUUGUUUUGUUUUGUUGUUGUGUAAUGUUAUUAUUUAUACUGCAAUUGGACCUCUACGCCAUACAAAAUUUUACAUAAAACACAAGUAUAAUUACUACAAUCAAAUUAAGCUGAAAAUUGUGAUGAAGAUUUUUUUAAAAUACAUGAAAUGACUACAAUGUAAUUAUAAAUUCUAUCAAAUGGUAAAGGUUAUGUGUAUGUACUGAGUCUGUGAGGAUAACACAAAAUGCACAUUUUCCCUGUCAUGAGAAAUCAUUUCUUUAGUCAAAUAUCUAGCAAUGUUGCCACUCACAUUCCAGAAGAUUCCACUGUAUUGAAAGUUAUAUCAUGUAUGGUUGAUGUACUGAAAAUUAAACAUAAUCCCUGUAACAACACCUAAAGAAGGUGUAUAGUGUUGAUUGUAUGUCAUGGUAUAUAUCAUUCUUCCUUUAUACAGUGUUGACUGAAAAUUCACAUUUGUGUUUUUUCCGAAAAAAGUCGAGUUAUUUUACAGUCGUGUAUAAUUCUUGAUUCACCACUAGACUUGUCAAAAAAAUUCUUCCAAGAAAAAGGGAAUUCAAUUUACUGCAAAAAGUUUCAUGCUUUGUCUUAAUAUUCAUUUUCAUAAUGCGAUUUUAUAGACUCUUUACAAAAAAUGAUGAUGUACUGGGACAAUUUUUGUGUACCAGGUAUGUUUUAGAGCCAGAAGUUGUCUCCCUUUGGACACAUCUUUCAAAUAAAAGGGUGUAUAAAGUG